CGUAUGACAUUUUGUUAAUUUCAACAGCCUGAAGACCUCUGUUAAGGGUAAAUUCGAUUCCUGUGUUAGUUAUAUCUUCUAAAUCACAUCAGGCGGAGACGAAGUACUGUACUGACUUACGUUCACAUGGCUAGUCUCCGGUGUCUGCGCUUUGUGUUGAGCGUGGCUUGGCACAGCGACGUUUUCAGAUCAGGAAAAUGAGCAGAAUGACCAUGGUGUGGCUGUUUUUUUUACUAAUUAUAUGUUCACAAACAGUUGUCUUUGCGCAGAAAGGUAAAAGGAAGAUUUUUGGUUCAAGUCAGCCCAUCCAUUCUUUUCUUGGAGAGGAUGUGUUGCUUCCAUGCCAGAUUUAUGAAGCAGCGAGUGCUGUCAACAUGGAAGUGCGGUGGUACAAAGAGCGCUUUAACAGACCAGUUCACUUAUAUCAGUUUCAUAGGGACUGGCCUGAAAGGCAGGCACGAGAGUACAGAGGUCGCACUGAACUAUUCAGCAAAGAGCUACAACAUGGAAAUCUAUCGCUGAGAUUGGAAAAUGUCCAAAUACUGGACAGUGGAAUAUAUUCUUGCUUUGCAGAGGACAAAUCAUGGUACGAUGAAGGAAAGAUAGAACUAAUUGUUGGAGCACUUGGGACACAACCAACAAUCUUCUGGAUUCCACUGAAAAAUGAUUCAGACAUAUUGGGGUGCAGAUCAACAAUGUGGCAUCCAAAACCAGAAUUUGUCUGGAGGGACCAAGAUGGAAGAAACAUGCAAUACUUGAGAAACUUUACUGGCAAAGAGGAGGAGGAAGAGGACCGAGAUGGAUUUUUAACUGUGAACACUUAUAUUGCUAUAAAGAAAGAAUUUAAUGUCUAUUCGUGUUUGGUCAGAGGCAGAAUACAAAGUCAGGACUGGGAAUCCAAAAUGCACAUUUCCAAGGAAUUCUACCCUGGAGUGUCUUACUGGUUGCUGGUAGUCUUGUCAGUGUUGGUUUUAUUUCUAGCUGCAGUGCUGUAUAUCACCUUGGAAUGGAUAAAGAUGAAAAAACAAGAAAAAAAAUGUGACAACAGAGCCAAUUUCUAUCUUGCUUGUCAUCUCUCCAAGGAACUGGAUGAAGUGAGAUCUGUCCGCAAAUCAGAGUGGAAAUGGAUCAGCAAAUUUGCAGUGGAUAUCAUUUUGGAUCCUGACACAGCUCAUCCUAAAUUCAUCAUAUCAGAGGAUUGUAAAAGAAUGAGACGUGGGGAAGAAUGGAGAGAAGUUCCUGACAAUAGAGAAAGAUUUAAUGAGCGGCGUUGUGCUGUUGCAUCAGAAGGUUUCAUUUCAGGUCAAUGUUACUGGCAGGUGGAUAUGGGUGAGAACAGAGGCUGGGCUUUGGGAGUCAUUAAAGCCUCUGCAGAAAGAAAGGGUAAUCUGAAAAUGACUCCAGCCUUAGGUUACUGGGUUCUAUGGCAUGAAAACAAUUUAGUUAAAGCACUAACAGAAGAACGAACAGAGCUGUUUGUGACUAAGGUGCCAAAGAUAGUUGGUGUUUAUUUGGAUUAUGAAGAACGACAAGUUUCUUUUUAUAAUGCUGCAAUCAGGUCCCACAUCUAUACUUAUGUGGGUAUGGAUUUUGAUACAGAAGAGAAACUGUUCCCACUUUUCUACCUGUGGGACUGGAGAUCAGACCUUACCAUUUUUACAGUAAGUAGUGAACUUCAAGCAGAAGUUGCCCCGAUUAGAGAGGCAAUACAGACUGAUCAAUCCUAAUGUGGGGAAAGGGAAUGAAUUACUGUAUUAUAUUUUUUUCUAUGUAGAUAAAAGCCUUCUUUAUAGAUCCUUUUGCUGUUAAAUGAAAGCCCAGGAUAUAGUACAUUUGUAGCUUAACCUCCAUAGCAUUAGACCCAAGCAUCACUCAGGCUGUAAAAGCAGUGCUAAAAACGUUAGUCCCGAGUGUUAUUCAGGCAAUGGUAUAGACAUGUCUUACGUAACCAUUAGACCGGAGGAUUAUUUGAGCUGUAAAAUUGGCAAUAGCGUUAGUGCCAAGUGUAACUCGAGCAAUGGUAAAGGCAUGUUUUGCACAAGUGUCAGGCCCAAGUGUUACCCAGGCAACAGUGUAAAGGGGUCUUCUCGUAGCCUAAUAAUAGCAAGGCUGUAAUGCUAAGAAGGUUAAAUUGAUCUGGUUUCAUAUAAAACAGCAAAUAGAUUUCUGAUUACAGAUGUAUCAUACCGUGAUGUAAAAAAGUGUAUGUCCUCUUCCUGUGUUCCUUUCUGUACUUUAAACUUAAUGACACUAUGGAUGUUUUCAGGUCCUCAACUAAAUCUAAUAUUAGAUAAAGGUCAUAUAACAGUAUUUAUAACUUAUUUAAUUUAUCUAAUAAAGUUUUCAAACAAUGUAAAAAAAAUAAAUAAAGCAUAUACAUCCUUAUUAAGUCAUGUCAUUAGAAUGAAUAAUUAUAGUCAACUCCUUCAACACAGCCAGGCUGUUCAAUAUAAACCUCAGUUCUUUUGUCCCCUACCAUUAGAAUCAAGUUUCCUGCACAGAGAGUCAAACACAUAGCACUAUGUUCAGAGGAAAUUCCUAAAGUGAUCAGUUAACAGACUUGUUGAGAUUGUGUAUGUGGGUUUAGAAAUGGUUACAAAUCCAUUUAUAACUACCUGGGACUACAGCAAGCCGUGAAAAACACUUGAAACAGUAGUGACUCUUAACAGUAUGAUUUCUUCAUGGGCACAGGGCAGAUAUAACUACGAUAUCACAAAAGAGUAAUUAGAACUGCAAGCUUUGUUCAUAACUUUUCAAUUAGUAAGACACUGAGCUUAAAUGGACAUAAUUGGGGGUGUAGCAACUCAGAAGCCAUUGCUGACAAAGAAAAAUCUAAUUUGCCAGAAAGCACCUUGGUGAUCCUCAAGCUUUCUGGAUGAUAUAAGAACACAUCACGUCAAGUAUAAAGGGAAGAACAAUCGAAAGUAAACAUUUCAUAUGAUCGUUUGGAGAUUUUUUUUCACCUCAUUAUGUGUGUGGCUUUCAGUAGUUAAAGGAAUCCUGGGUUCUGGCCUGUGUUAGAAUUUCCAAAAUGUCCAGCCAUCCGAUCAUGAGUUGCCACUGAUCCUGAAGUGUAGCCUGGAUCAUGCAGCAAUGCAACAAUACAAAACCCAAAGUCAUGGCUGUAAAGAAUCAAAAUUAAAGUUUUACAUUGGUCAAAGUCCAAAACUACACCUUAUAGAGAUGCAAUGAAAAGAAAUUAAAUAAC